AACGAACGUCUGUUGAAAAAACUGGAAGAAGUCAAUUCUUCGCCACUUAUUCCAGCUAGACCGGCUUUUUCUGCGGAGAUUUUGAACAGUAGUGAUAACCAGGGUGCUAAUAUUUGGACUAAUCCGAUUCCUGACAAAUCUCCUGUUAACAGCUCUAACCAAAUUCCAGAUCAUAUCAGGAAAGAACUUGACAAGAGGCAAAUUGGAAAUGGGAAUCAUGGCAUGAAAAAUCAUCGAAGACCAAGCUCAUUGGAAGAAAAAACUAAUGCAACACGGACAGUUCGAUUGAAAACUUCAGAUUCGGCUGAUGACAACACUCAAAAAUACGGUUCGGAUACUCAUGAAGCGAACAAGGAUCUGAUGCAGAGGCGAUUCUCAGUAGCUAACCCAUCCAUGAUGAAGAGGCCUGAAAUUUUUGGCAGCGUCAUAUCGCUAACAGAUGAAGAUGAAUUGAAUUGA